AUGCCAGAACUCACUGUCAGAUUCCAAGGAGAUGAUGACUAUGAAUCAGACAACAAUUCGGGUGAUGAAGGCGAUGAAGAGGAAGAACCUAUUGUGGCCGAUUUGGAUCACAUCAAGAAAAUGUCGAUAGAGGAACCCAUGAUAUUCGGAGCCUUGUUACUGAUCUGGAGGACCUACAAGAGCCGCCAGAAGAAGAGAUUGUAUUUGAGCCUGAAGAGCCUCAAGAGUGGCAGUUCUGCCAAUAAGAACAAGAAUCGAGUUGCGACAAGACGCAAGCAUCGAGAGAGAGAAUUGAAACUGUUGAAGAACAAGUUAAAAUCUGGUAUUUGUACCAAAGAAGCAAGUUGCAGUACUAGAGACAGUAAAGCUACCCUUGAAGCACAGCACAAUCUAUGUUUCCAACAGAUUGGGAAUGAGAUGAGAAGAGCACAACGCUAUUCUGAUCGCUCGUUGCAUGAUGCAGGCAAGGCCAAGUUUGAUACUGAAGAAGAUCUGAACUUUGUCCAACAGUAUUACAUCAAUCAAGGACUGAAGAAGUUUGGUGAUGAUGGAAAGGAUGCUGUGGAUAAGGAACUGAGACAAAUGCUCCUGAGAGAUUGUUUCACUCCCGAGUUUGUUAAAGACAUGACCGCGUCUGAGCGAAAGAAGGCCCAAUCAGCGAUGAUGUUACUCGCAGAGAAGCAAUUUGAAAAGACAAUUAAAGGUUGCCUAGUAUUCCAAGGCAAUGGAACUCGUGAAUGGUUAUUGCAAGAGGACACUGCAAGUCCAACUGCUUUGCAGGAAGCAAUCACCACUACUUGUGUUAUUGUAUUAGAGAACGGAAAGCGAGUAAACUAUCAAACGAUCCGGUUUCAUGUUGACAAAUUUGCUGAGUGGUUGAACAGGAGAUAUGGUUCAAUCAAGGCGUGCACUAUUGUCAGAGGAAAGAUACACAGAUAUCUUGGAAUGACUUUGGAUUUCUUGGUGAAAGGAAAACUCAAGAUCUGCAUGGACGACUAUGUUAAGAACAUGUUGGAAGAUUUUCCUAUUAAGUUCAACAAGGAUUCAAAGCAGGGAACACCAGCUGGUAACGAUUUACUGGAAGCUGGUAAAGGGAAGUUACUCAGUGCUGAGUACCGUCAGAUCUUUCAUACUACUGUUGCAAGGGGACUUUAUGUCUCUAAGAGAGCUUGUUUGAAUAUCCAUCCAACGAUUACUAUUCUUGCCUUGAGAGUUCGAGAACCUACAGAGUCUGAUUGGAAGAAGUGUGUUUGCAUGAUGCGAUAUUUAUUUUGUACAUCGUUGUAUCACCUGACACUUUCCGCAGAAUCACUACGAGUCAUAAAAUGGAUGAAUGACGCAUCAUUUGCAGUGCAUCCAGAUUUCAGCACUCUGUCCUUUGGAGGAGGUGCAGCUCAAGUGAUGUCAAAGAAGCAAAAACUAAACAGCAGAAGCAGUACGGAAGCGGAACUGAUUGCUGUUGACGAUAUUGUCACCAUGAUACUAUGGACAAAGUUGUUCAUGGAGUGGCAAGGAAUCCAAUCGAGAAGAAUAUCUUGUAUCAGGAUAACAAAAGCGCGAUUCUAUAAUAAUAACUGA